UUAUCCGAGGGUAAGAUAACAAGAUUUUGUAAUUAGGGGUAAAAGUAAACUAAGGGGGUAAAAUUGAAUUUCGGAUCAUAUACUUAUUCUCUCUCUCUCUAGAGUCCAGAGACGAACAAUAAACCCUAAUUCCAGUUCAUGAUGAUGAUGAAUCGUAAAAAUAAUAAGCUGCUAACUCUAAAGCGGCAGAAAAUUAAGCGAAGAAGUUUUGAAUUGGAGGAAAAGGAGACUGUGGCAGAGAAGCGGAAGAGACUUUGUGACGAAUUUCGGGAGAAUACGAGGGUUGCGUUGAGGCGGGAGGAGGAGGGUGAUGAAUUUGAUGAGGAUUCUCCGUUGGCACGAAGGCUUCAGGCACAGCAACUUGAAGAUAGUGGCCGUCGUUGCAGAUACAUUGCUUCAAGGGUUCAAAAUCCUAAAACAAGACAAGGAGGAGGAGGAGGAUUUGAACUUGUAGUGAAACACAGACAGUCUGUAACCGUAGCUGUUUUAUCAGAGGAUGAUUCUAUAGUAUUUUCAGCAUCGAAAGACGGUUCUAUUCGUCAGUCUCAUCUUGAUCAUGAUCAUGGGGGGAAAACAGAAGAAACAUGUUAUGCUCAACAAGGGCGAGCUCAUGUUUUGGCUCUUGCUGUAUCUUCUGAUGGAAGGUAUCUCGCCAGCGCUGGCUUUGAUCGAGAUAUUCAUUUAUGGGACACACGCACACGCCAGCAUAUUCAGGCUUUUUCGGGUCAUAAAGGGCCGAUUUCUUGCUUGACUUUCAGGCAAGGGACUUCAGAACUGUUUUCUGGUUCGUAUGAUAGGACGAUCAAAAUCUGGAAUGCAGAAGACAGAUCUUACGUAACCACAUUAUUUGGUCAUCAAAGUCAUGUUUUAUCUAUUGAUUGCUUAAGAAAAGAACGUCUGCUAACUGCCGCUCGUGAUCGGACCAUGCACUUAUGGAAGGUUCCUGAGGAGUCCCAGCUGGUCUUUCGUGCUCCGGCAUCAUCAUUAGAGUGCUGCUGUUUUAUUAAUAACGAUGAAAUUUUAUCGGGCUCAGAUGACGGUAGUAUUGAGCAUUGGAGUGUAUUGAGAAAGAAACCACUUCAUAUUAUUAAAAACGCACACUCUUUAUCAACUCCAAAUACACUCGAUGUUAAACAAAACCAUGAUUUAUCAAAUAAUUGUAAAGAGAGUUUGGAUCAUGUUCCUGAAACUGUAGGCCCGUCUGCUUGUUCAUGGGUUAGUUCUGUUGCGGUUUGUAGAGGCAGCGAUCUUGCAGCAUCAGGAGCUGGCAAUGGUGUUGUUCGUCUGUGGGAAAUUGAAAAAGACGCUAAAGGGGUUCAACCGCUUUUUGAGCUGCCAUUGGUUGGAUACGUAAAUUCUUUGGCAUUUGCGAAAUCUGGGAAGUUUUUGGUUGCUGGAGUUGGCAAGGAACACCGUUUAGGUCGAUGGGGGUCUCUUCCGGCUGCUCGAAACGGUGUUGCAGUGCACCCUUUGCAGCUCUCAUGAUCCAGCUUGGAGGUGUUUAUUUAAACUCUACUGAACAGCAUCUAGAAGUUCAAAAACCCCACUUUUUUUUUUUUUUUUUUUUUUUUUUUUUUUUUUUUUUGCAAACUGACAUCUACGAAGCAAACAGGAGAAUGUUGAAGAAGAACAAUAGAAGUAUCAAGGGUGUGGUCCACCUCUUCUCGUGCAGACGUGAGAUAAUCAAACACUCUUUUUAUUACACUCCGCACACAUUUGGUCCACCCCUUCUCGUGCAGACGUUUGCAGAUGUGGUCUGCAGGACCUUUUGCAUCUGAAAAAACAAACACCACCUAAGGUUUAUUUUUAUUCAUUUAUUAAAUCAACAAACAUGAGCAAUAACUUAUUGCGUUUGGUUAAAGAAUAUGAACAAGUUUCUCGUUCAGUCGUAUACGUUUUGUGAAAGUGUUAA